UAGAGUUGGACACCUACAUAAGCAAGAAGCAAGACUGGUAAUAAUACGGCGUUCGUUAGAGAAAUCAGCCAUAGUAUCUAAAACAUCAACGAUUCAAAUCGUAAAGACGUUAGACGGUGAAAUUUGAGCAAUUUCAGUUCCUUAGGGAGUGAGCGAUUUUCUUCAUAAACGCAGAGCAUCAUGGCGGAUACGGCGUAUGCGAAGCGAUCUACUGGAACCGACAGUGAAGAUCUAUACACAAGACUGAAGAAGCUGCAACAUGAGUUGGAAUUCAUCGAGGUGCAAGAGAAGUAUAUUAUUGACGAACAAACAAAUUUGAAGCGAGAGUAUCUACGUGCUCAGGAAGAGGUCAAGCGAAUCCAGUCUGUUCCUUUGGUCAUUGGUCAGUUCUUGGAAGCCAUUGACCAGAACUCCGGAAUUGUGGGGUCUACGACCGGCAGCAACUACUAUGUUCGUAUUCUCAGUACUAUUGACCGUGAGUUAUUAAAGCCAAAUGCCUCGGUAGCUCUGCACAAGGUAAGCGACAUUUACACUUCGGCUUUAGCACAUAUUUCAUCAUUCGUAGCUAAGCAUUGA